AUGGAUCGUUUCAUAAGUAUGUGGAAAGUCAGGGAGCUGGCGGACAAGGUGACGAAUGUAGUGAUGAACUACACAGAAGUAGAAGGCAAGGUCCGAGAGGCAACUUCAGAUGAGGCCUGGGGACCCACCGGCCAGCAGAUGCAGGAGCUGGCCCUCGCUACCUUCACAUAUGAACACUUCCCGGAGGUCAUGUCCAUGCUGUGGAGGAGAAUGCUGCAUGACAACAAGGCACAUUGGAGAAGGACUUACAAGUGUCUGCUGCUCCUCAGCUACCUGGUGAGGAACGGCUCCGAACGAGUCGUGACCUCUGCCAGAGAACACAUCUACGACCUGAGGUCACUAGAGAACUACUCCUUCGUUGAUGACCUCGGCAAGGACCAGGGCAUCAACAUAAGGCACAAGGUCCGCGAGCUGAUCGACUUCAUUCAAGAUGAUGACAAGCUGCGGGACGAGAGGAAGAAGGCCAAGAAGAAUAAGGACAAGUACAUAGGAAUGUCUUCAGAGGCUGUGUCUCUAGGCGGGAGGGGAGGGAUGGGCGGAGGAGGCGGUCACGGGGGGUGGGGGGAGUACAGCGACCGGGCCGGGGGGUGGGAUGAUAAAGACAGAAAUGAAGACGAUUACGACAGAGAGGACUCGGACGGCGACGAUACACACAGAAAACAUAACAAAGAGAACGUGUAUCGAGACUCUGAAGUGAUAGAUGAGUGUCCCACCGCGACACGGGACAGCGAAUACAAUACACGAACACUGAACAUUAGCUUGAGAAGCCCUGUCAGAAAUAAGCAGAGCACUCCUGUGAAGAAGAUCGAUCUAGGAGCGGCGGCCAACUAUGGCAAGACCCCCGGGGUCGCGGCUGCCCCCACAACGACCCCCGCGACACAACAGUCACAGGAACUAUUGGAUGAACUGUUCAAAACAUGCGCACAGACGGACCCCACGCCCGCCGGGGAAGACGAUUUUGACCCCAGAGCGGACGAGCCUUCAAGUAGACCGGUGAAGAGCGAUGACUUUGGUGACUUCAGCACAGCCUUCAGCGGAAACGGAAACGACGAAGGCUUCGCGGACUUCACCAGCGCCUUCCACAACAACAACACACAGACAGUUUCAGCUCCCACCUCCAACCUUCAGCUCCUGAGUGAGCUGUCUCCUGCGAUGCCCAGCUUGACCCCGGGACUAACUCCGGGAUUAUCUCCGGCCUUAACUCCUGCCCUCGACCCACUCUCCUCACACUUCGACAGCGCUCUCAAUAUAUCAGAUGGUGACCGAGCGACACACAGCGACCGGCUCAGGGCCGAGAUGAAGAAGUUGGUUAACAUAUUACACGUGAUGGAGAGGAUCAAGAGUGAGGGGGACGUGGCUGAUGUGAUAGGGCGGAUACAGGUUAUAAAGAGAUACCUGCCGGGACCUGUGACCGUGCAGAAGCUGUGCAGGUGUGACAGCAGCCUCAUAGACCACGAGGCGCUGGAGGUGUUCUCACAGCUGCUGGGCAGCAUCGUGAGGGUCCUACUGCCGCAGUGGCCGGAGUUCAGGGACGAGGUGGUGUAUCUGUUCACGGUGGAGGAAGGAUUCGACGUCAGUAACGAGAUACUUACGAACCUGUGCGGGUAUGUGAAGGAGGACAGGAACGAUGUAGUGUUGGAGGCUCUCGGGUAUGUAGCGCUCAAGUUCGCUAAGAGCGACGCUGUACUGGCCUCGAUAAUAGACUGCAGCGUGGCCGGAGAAGACGUGAGGCUCAUGAUAGACUGGGAGGGAUACGUACAGCUGUUGACGACUCUACCAGAGAGGAUCGCCAACAGACUGGAAAUAAAGACUCCGGUGGAGCUGUCUCACGAAAACUACUCGUACAUCCUCCUGUUCCAAGUGAUCCGCUCAAUAGACUACAUGUGUCAGAGCAACUUCUAUCAAGGAACUCAGUAUAACUUAUCAUAUUUGUCGUACCUGGUGUCCAAAUACGUCGUGUACUAUAUAAAAACGGAGGCCGUUCUGAAACUAUGCGACAUGUUGAUAGCUUGGACCGACGAUAACAACGAUGAUCCGUACAGGUUCGUGAGGAGGAAGCUGAUACAGACGAUGUUGAACAAACUGAACAGACAAGCCAUCGAUAAGAUAGCGCUGAUACUGCUCAAGAGAUGUCCCAUCGUGUACAACUCGAAGAUACAACCGAUUAAAUUACUGUUAGGGAAUAACCUGGAGCUGAGCAAGGACUGGCACGAGAUACUCACCUUCAGGAUACCGUUCUACGUUCAUCCUCAGAACUUUAGAGACACCACCAUCAUCGAGAACCUGGUGUACUACAUAGCGACCACCAAGAACGCGCUCGACAUACUCACCAACCUGAUAGUGACGCUCGCCAAGACCUGGGCCGACGUGCACCUCAACAACGUGAUCAACAUCGACCACCACAUGCACACGUCCGUGCUGCUCGUGCUGGCCAUCAAGUACAGGAUCGUUAUGUGGAGGCAGCGGAGGGGCGCCUGGAACCUGCACGAGAUCAAGAGGAUGCUGUACAAGGGCAUGUCCAAGCAUCUGGACAUAGUCACCACCGAGUUCCGCUGUGUGGGGAUGGCUACGGUCGAGAUAGUGUGCAAGAUGUUGGUCGAGGUGGACGACUCGGACCGCGCGGCCGUCGACAGGCUCAACUUCGAGUUCGACGAGCUGGGACAAGUGUGCGUGGACAUAUACAACACACUGGUCACCAUCACCAACAAGUGUGUGUUGGACGACCGAGUCAAGAGACCCGCCGCCGAGCGGAGAUACAUCGACGCGCGACAACUGAUGGACCUCAUAGCGGAGAAGGUCACCGACCACGGAGAGAAGCCCGUCCAGAACACGAUAGUGACGUGCGCCGUCAAGGGACCCGAACAGACCAAGGAGAUCGUGAAAACCAUCAUCUCUGCCAAACUGGACGCUCUGAAGGGAGCCAGGAACAUGGACCUGGACUCGGACGACGACCUGCAGCCCUACGACAUGACCAACGACGUGAGCCUCGCCUCCAAGAAGAAACCCAACUACCUGAGGGAUCUGCUGGAGCUGCUGCGGGAGGCCAAGGACCAGGAGUCCUUCGAGGCCGCGCUUAGCUCCGCCGAGAACCUCGUGAAGAAACAACUGAAGCACGAGGACGGGAAGCUGGCCGUCGAGCUGCUGGACCUGUUCGUGCACCUCGAGGAGAAGUACCACGUGGACAAGUUCAAGAGCGUGAAGUUCAACACGGCCGUGAGCAUCGUGUGUAGCCAGCCGCGGGUGUGCGCCGAGCAUCUGUGCAAGGAGGUGCACAGCGACGUCGGCCGCUACUCGAUCUCCACCAAGAUAUUCAUGUUGGACGUGUUCACGGAGGCGGCCGAGAGGAUCGCCGACAUCAAGACGGACCCCUCGUACGAGAUACACAAGAAGGCCGAGAUCAUCAUCGAGGCCAAGGAGCUGCCGCGCGACGAGCUGCUGCGGCGGCGCCUGCUCAAGAAGACCAGGUUCAUCCACUCCAAGCGGGCGCACCCCUUCUCCAAGGCCAAGAGGAACCAGUUCGCGGCCGUGGCGGACCACUUCUUCUACCCCCUCAUCGCGGGGUUCGGUUACCGCCAGCUCACGCUGAGCCACCACAACAUGAAGCAGGACAUCGACAACCUGCUGCUGCUGCGCUACCUGUCUGCUGUGGGCAGCGUGCUGCUGGCCGCCAAGAACUGCCCCAAGUGUCCCGCGUACUGCCGCGAGAUACUGCAGAUGGUGCUGUACCUGCGCUUCACGCCGCACCCCGAGCUGCAGCUGUGCGUCAUCUCCAUCAUCGCGGCCAUCGCCCUCGCGCUGCCCCAGUCCAUGCUGAAGGGGGAGUUCUACGACGUGAUGAUGGAGCUGUGCUCGUGGGUCAUCGACCUCUUGACGCACGCCGACCUCUCGCACCGCCUCGGAGGACCCAAGUCUGAAGCCACCGUGUUCGCGGGAGAAGUGUUGCAUCUCAUACAGAACGCUAUGGGCGAAUGA